AUGGAAGGACUUCGACCGCCGGGAAACAGCCCGACUCACAUGCAUGAAUCUGACGCUGUCCAAGGAAAGGCACUCAAGGCUACUACUGAUGCACAAAUUUGCGGCUACUUUUCUGACAAUCCAGCAGCCUGCGCUCCCCCAUCCACCUGCAGUACUCCCAGCGGCGGCAACACAUACGGAGCCUCAUCGCGGUGCGUCUACUUUAUUUAUCAAACUGCGGCCGACGACCACACUAAGAUUACGUCCUGGGGUUGCGAUACAACACCGACGACAUAUAUCAUCGGACCGCUGCAAGCUGAGGAAACUUCAUCCACAACAGCAGCCGCGGAUGACGAAAAAGACUCGAGCUCUGGUCUUUCAAAAGAUGCUACGAUUAUUCUCGCCGUGGUUCUCCCCGUUGUAGGGUUGGGGGUUGUUAUAGCUGCAGUCAUGUUAUUCCUCCGCCGACGGAAGAAGAGAGUAGCUAACGGGCCUAAGCGAGUAGGCGGGGGAGCAAGAUCUGAGAUGGAGCAGACUACGGAACGUGCGCCCGUCCCUGAAAUACCGCCGUAUGAGAUGGGUGACAACAUCUUGCGGCCUGAAUUAGACAGCCGCGAGGUCCGUCAGUGA